AUGUCCCAAGGGCCCGUCGAUGUCAGCGAGGACGACAAGCGGCGCCAUCGCGAGGCUGAGAAGAGCCUCCGGGAGGCAAAGGCCAGACUGGCCAAGCAGGUCAAGGUUCUCCUGCUCGGCUCCGGAGACUCUGGGAAGUCAACGAUCCUGAAGCAGAUGCGCCUCAUCCAUCGUGUGCCGUUCUCGUCGCAGGAGGUCGAGUCGUAUCGGCAGCUCGUCUUCAACAAUCUCACGCAUGGGCUCAAGUACCUCAUCGAUGCCAUGGAGGACAUGGAGCUCACGGUGUCCCCUGAGAACGAGGACUACGUCCAGCUCAUCACUGACGCCCCGGACAUCAAGGACAGCCAGCCGUAUCCAGAGGAGUACCACGAGCCCCUGCGGAGGCUGUGGGAGGACCCGAAUGUGCAGAAGGCAUGGGAGCGGGGUAAUGAGGCGGCAUUGCCAGAUAACGAGCUCCACGUCGUGUCCCGCGCUCGACUGACACCGCGCGCAUACUUCAGCCUCAUCUACUACUUCUCCGACCUCGAUCGGUUAUUCGACCCCGAAUACACCCCGAAUGAGCAGGACAUCGUCCAAGCUCGCGCACGUACGAUCGGUAUUACCGAGACGGUGUUCCAGCUAAAGGACCACGAGAUGCUUAUGGUGGAUGUUGGUGGCCAGAAGAGCGAGCGGAGAAAGUGGAUACACUGCUUCCAGGAUGUGACAAGCAUUCUUUUCUUGGUCAGCCUGAGUGGGUAUGACCAGUGUCUGGUGGAGGACAAGGACGCAAACCAAAUGCAAGAUGCAAUGACAAUUUGGGACUCGAUCUGUCAUUCACAAUGGUUCAAGCAGACAUCGAUCAUCCUAUUCUUGAACAAAAACGACCUGUUUGAGAAAAAGGUUGAGCAUUCGGAUAUUAAAAACUUUUUCCCGGAUUAUGAUGGCGAGGAACAUGACGCCCGCGCAGGUCGUGAUUACUUCAAGAAACGCUUCGCAAGGUUAGCGCAGAAGGCGAACCAGAAGGAGCGCGAAGUCUAUAUCCAUGUGACGACGGCAACGGAUACGGCGAUGCUAAGAGUGGUCAUGGCUGCUGUUGAAGGUGAGACGUCAUUCGGCUUAUCAUGUCGAUCGAUCGCUAAUGGCGUUUUACAGAGUGAGUGUUCAUUUUCUUUUACCCCUACCCCUUUCCCUUUUGGCCCCUCCGCAGUGUAUCAAUUCAUUAAUUCGCCACCCCACCCCACUCUCCAGCAUUAUUCUUCGACAAAGUCUUCAGACUGCAGCUCUGAUCUAAGUUUUCAUUCUAUGUUAUUCUCGUCUUGUCUUCGCGCCACCCUUACCUGGAUCUUUUGUCACAUAUUCCCUAUUUUAUAUCUCCCCUUCACCUUCGCUCUGUAAUCUGGAGUUUGCCUUCUCAUCGGCCUUUGGUUGUAUGGCGCCUCACGGAUCUUAUCUUGCCUCUCCGCAUCUACUUGUUGUGUAUUCCUUCGCGGUUGUUUUUCUUUCCCCUUGUGGUUCUCAACCGCUCAUGAUCACUGCAACUCAUCCACAUCUUCUUUUCGUCUUGGUCCUUCCCGCUUGCGUCCGUAUCCCUUUCGGAAUCGCCGUCG